UGUGCCAAUGCAAUCAAGUGGCCGUGGGCGUCAACAUGGGCAACCAUUGCAACAUGCAUAUCAUUUCACAUAUUCAAUUAAUUGAUUAAAUUAAUUUGGUUUAAGACAACAAUCUAGUGUAUAAAAUUGUACAUUAGAUUGUCGUUUAAAAACCAAAUCCGUUGAAUGGAGGGUGAAACCAUUUCUCGUUUAAUAGUAUUGCAUGUCAACAGGUGAUUUAAUUCCAUAUCCACGCACCUCGCAUGCAUCGAUGCAUUCGGUGAUCAGCAGCGGAUCAAGGCUCUGUUGUUCAGUCCCAGCAUGGGCCCGGAAGUUGUUUGGGAUUCCCAGGUAAAAAAAAAUUAAUAAAAAAAAUCCCGGAGAUGCUGUCGUCGCCUGGGAAAACAAACAGCCAUCCAGACAUCUAAGAUCGGGGAAUAUCAGUCGGUCGCCAGGCUUCUGGUGGGAGAAUGAAUGCUGAUGACCGCAAUGACUCCUACUUACCAGGCAGCGGAGGAGACUCAGCUACUGAACAGGACUUUUAUUGUGGGCUUCGAGGACGUUCGGUCAGUUCUUCAAACAGUCAGAAGUCUUCUCCACGACGCUCCCUUAGUGCAAACUCCAUCAAAGUUGAGUUGUACAGCGACGAAGAACCGGCAGUGGGUCCGCAGCCCAGAGAGUCUGUGAGGGAGGACAGAGACCCCACUAAAGAGGAGCAGAGCAGAGAGCAUGGUGCUGGUGUGUCUGCUGGAGAGAGGGGACACAUCUACAGUGAGCUAACCAGCCCCAAGCCCAUCUCGCCGGGGCCUCUUCGGCUGCCCAAUGGCAAGCUCCAGUGUGAUAUUUGUGGAAUGAUCUGCAUUGGACCGAAUGUCCUUAUGGUGCACAAGCGCAGCCACACCGGCGAAAGGCCCUUCCAGUGUAGUCAGUGUGGAGCUUCCUUCACCCAGAAGGGCAACCUGCUGCGACACAUCAAGCUCCACUCAGGAGAGAAGCCCUUCAAAUGCCCCAUCUGUAACUACGCCUGCCGCCGGAGGGACGCCCUCACCGGACACCUGCGCACACAUACAGUGUCGUCUCCCAAGGCAGGCAAGACCCUGAAGUGCGAGCGCUGCGGGCGCAGCUACAAGCAGCAGAGCACCCUGGAGGAACACAUGGAGCGCUGCCACAGCUGCCGGCAGAGUCACCAGACCACCACCGGCACCCCAUCAGCACAAGGUGAGGAUUCUCCUGAUCCAGAGCCGAUGAGUAAACCAGUGAUCCAGCCAUCGACUGAAAAGCUCCCGUUUGUGGAGAGGCUCGCGAAUAGCAUCACCAAACGCAAAAGGUCUACUCCCCAGAAGUUUUUGGGUGAAAAGCACAUGCGUCUUAACAUGCCCGAAGCACCUUAUGAGCUGUCCUCUGGUUCUGAGAAGGAAGGGGACCACCUUACCCCCCAGUCUGCUGGGGAGUCUGUCCGGCUGUUGGGAACCAGCUCCAAGUACCUCCAGGAAGGCCGGGUGAAGAGUGAGACCUACGAACCUCCCAAGCUCUCUCAGCCCAACCCCGGCCUCCAGUCUGAACUCCCCAUGGCCAUGGGCUCUGUGUACGGUCGCGUGGCUCCUCAGAGCACAUGUGCCCGUGGCGGGAGUGGCAUGGCGAUCGUGUCCAUCGGUCGGGCGGGGCCGGACACGGGCGAAGGCUGCAACGAGCCUCCCUCCGCCCACAGUGCCAACAACUCUCCCACCGAAUGUCCGGACUCCACAGACACGGAGAGCACGGCGGAAGAGCAGAGCACAGCUGCCCCAACAAGUACCUCCAACCACCGCCACCUGCAGCACCUACACCACCCCCUGACGCCGGCGACGGCCCGCAGCCGCCCCAGCUCCAUCCCCGGUCCGGCCAAAGACUCCGACCCAGAGUGGGAGAGGGCGUGUCCCGUCCGCCUCUCAGCCGUGAAGAAGAGCCCCGGGUCGCCCCGGACGUCCAGGGAGAGCUUGCAGGUGGUGGACAGGGAGGGCCGCGCCCUGCGCUGCUUCCACUGCCCGCACUGCCGCGUCCUCUUCCUGGACCACGUCAUGUUCACCAUCCACAUGGGCUGCCACGGCUUCCGCCAGCCCUUCGAGUGCAACAUCUGUGGCCACCGGAGCCAGGACCGCUACGAGUUCUCCUCUCACAUCAGCCGGGGAGAGCACCAGAUGGGCUGAAGGCGCCGGGCGGGCUGGGGGGGCCGCAGCGGGCCCAGGUUGGUGGAGGGCGAGGGCUGAGAUGAAUGGUAGAUGGAUGGAGCAGUUAUUGUGUCGGAUCCGGUUUGUUCUGCACCAGGUUCGAUUAUUACUGUAACUAUUGUUAUAGUUAAUGAUAGUAGUGGCAUGACCCUGGUGUAUUUAAGACAAUUUACAGCAGGUCAUACGAGAACAUUCUCUCUCAGCAUCAUACAAUACAAAUGGAGGUACAAAUUAUUAUCGAUUGCACCCCCAAAUGAAAUCAUUCCGCAAAACAUUUUGUUUUGCUCCAAAAGUGCCUUUUUGGGGGGGACUUCCUGUCAUUACAAGAUGUUAAGGAAACCUGGUGCUUAGAAAUUAUCACACCAUCUUUUUUUAAUAAAAGGCUUAUUUGGCACUUUGAUAGGUCACUUGAACUGACUUAUAAUUUGGAUAGAAAAAUAAAUCUAUUGUUCAUAAAAGCUUGUAACAUGAAGCUAAUCAAAGAACAAGCAUAGCACAUACAUCUUAGAAAUAGCAAAUUAGUCUGUUAAAUAUGCACUGAGAGAGCUUUGUAUUCAUGUGAUUUAUGAAGGGGGUGGGGGGAGGGAGGCAGGUUAGAUUAAUAUGCACUCGGGUCGGGGAGAAUCUUUUAUCAUAGAUGAAGCACAGAAGUGGAUUGCCUUAAACGUACCUCGUGUUUACAGCAAACUUUGCAUGUAAAGUCCCUCUGGAAAGGUUCUACUGCUGCGCUUAAAAUAUAAUCAAAGCAAGGGCAAAAGCUGAAAGAAAUAAAAAGUGAAAAAUAUAUUUUAUCUAAUGUUUGCCUUGGGUUAAGUUUGGUUUAAGGAUGUAGGAAACUUUGCUGGGGGUGGAAGUGAGACUUGGAAUUCUGGUGCAGAUCAGACCGUGACCCUGUAGUGUUGUGAGGUUCAGAUUCUGAGGCAGUCCCAGGCUUCCUGGGAAAGUUUGCACUUUUAGAUUGUCUCCCAAUAUAAAUAAGAGGAUCCCCUUGGAAGCUCUUGUUGACUCCCACCAAUUGCCCUUUUCUAAUCAUUUGACUGCACUGAUUUGGGCUGAUCGGAUCUUAAUCUAGGAUGACCCAGUUUCUUUCUUUUUUUUUUAAAUGGUGCCGGUCUUCUGCAGAAGCUUUCUGUACGUGGCUGGCUAUGUGCUGCACUCAUAUUGAAGUGUACUGGGUGUGUCAAAGGAUUUACUAUUGGUCAAUUUCAGAGUCCUUGUGGUUUCCCACUAGGUGGUCAUGGCUAAGUAUAUAUAUAUUAAAAAAAAGAUAGUGUAAUUAGAAAUAUCUUAUUUAAAAAGCCUUUGUGGUUUAAUAUUCAAUGUUACAGUCUUGGUGUUUAGCUAUAUCCCAAAUUUUAUCCAGCAUAUUCCUCAAGAUUAUAAACUGUUACCUCCUGCUUCUUUUUAGCACCCAAAUACCUUAUUGCUACAGUAUGGUGAGUUGCCUAACGAUGUAUAUGUUUGACCCGAAGGAGACCAAAUUCAGUAUUCUAACAUGCUUUUGUGGGUUGGCCGCUUUUAGUUUUAAAUGCUGGGAAAAAAUGUACUUGAAGCCUUGUUAGGAAAAAAAUGAAAUGCACUGUACAGAAAAGUGUGAAUGAAGUAUAGCAUGUGUGCUUGCCAUUUUUCUGCUUAAACAUGAAUUGUGAAAUAUUUGAUAUAUAUCAUUUUCUGAAGUGAAGAUGGGGCAUGGGUUUUGGUUUCCUUUAAAUGUUCUGUAGUAUUUUGUGGAAUUUAUGUAAUGACAAAACACUUACCUCAACAAGUACAACUGCCUCAUUAUUCCAAGUGAUGUUGCUUUCUGAGAUGUAAUUGCAGUUAUUUGCGUAUACCUGGAUAUUCUAUAACUUUUUACUGUCAAUAAAGUUAUGUUUAUGUAAGUGUUUGUACAGUCCUCACUAGCUAAAUGCAUUGUAUUGUGCAAGGGAUCA